AUGGCCACACAUUUAAGAGCUCACAACAUUUGGAGCUUUGUUGAACCGGGAUUAGCAGAAGGAGCUGAUGAUAUUGCUAGAAGAAGAGACCAAUUGGCGUUGUCACAAAUUCACCAAGGAGUAGAUUAUUCCAUUUUUGGAAAAAUUGCAAAUGCCAAAACUGCCAAAGAAGCGUGGAAUAUUUUGAAGUUGUCAUAUAAAGGUGUAGAGAAAGCUCAAAAAUCCAAGUUGCAAUCUUUGCGAAGGGAAUAUGAAAGAUAUGAAAUGUCGAAUUCUGAAUCCGUGGAACAAUAUUUUUCACGAGUUACAGAUCUCGUCAACAAAAUGAGAGUAUAUGGAGAAGAUAUUCCUGAAAGCAAGGUGGUGGAGAAAAUUCUACGCACCAUGCCGAUGAAGUUUGAUCAUGUGGUGACUGCAAUAAUAGAGUCCCACGACACAGACAUCAUGACAGUUGCAAAAUUGCAAGGUAGCAUUGAAAGUCAUGUGAGUAGAAUCUUGGAGAAAACUGAAAAAGGAAAUGAAGAAGCAUUGAAAAGCCAGGUGAAUUUUACCAACAUAGCAGAACCCAGCCGACGUGAAGACAGUAAAGGUCGUGAAGGUGGAAAUAUAAAUUUCAGAGGCCACCUAAUCAAGGAAGAGGUGGACACAAUGUCAGAUCUACCAACCGUGGAAGAGGAAGAGGCAGCUUCACCAACCAGGAGAGGACAAAUUUCAAUUGCUACCACUGUGGAAAGUUCGGGCACAGAGCUGCAGAUUGUAGAUUCAAACAACAAGCAAAUAUAG